AUGUACAGUUAUAAUUUGUGCAGAAAAUAAUACUUUAAUUAGUGUGAAUGUGAAAUACAUUCGGACUUAAAGAUGGUUAAUGAAUUAAAAACAGUUUCCGGUGAAUUUGCGAAUGAAGAAAAAAUUGCAGUCGAUAUCGAAUAUGCUCUGGAUGUUGCUGGUCUCGGGUGGUAUAACAUUCGUUACAGUCUCUGCUUGACUAUCUUUCUCAUCGCCGUAAUCAUAGAGCCUAGAGGUUACGCAUACAUUCUCCCGGUUGCAAGAUGCGAUCUACAGAUGACGGAGGCUCAACGUGGGUUCAUAGGAUCCAUACCGUACAUUGGCAUAACACUCACAUCGUUUCCAUGGGGCUACGCGGUAGACACGCGGGGCAGGAGAAAGAUGAUAGUUCUUAGUUCAGCAGUAGCAGGCUUGUUGGGUGUCCUAUCGGCUUUUAUGCCAGAUUUAAUCUCAUUUACUGCUACUAAGUUCCUUAUGUCCCUCUGCCUGGCUUGUCCCGCCGCAGUGCCGUAUUCGUUUAUUGGUGAGAUCAUGCCUAGCAAAUACAGGGAUGUUACUCUAUCAGUAACCAACGCAAUGCAAAUAUUUGGAUCUGUUUUUGUUCCUUUAUUAGGAUGGGCAAUCAUACCUCUCACGUUUAGAGUUGACUUUGGCCUCUACGAGUUCAAGCCAUGGCGACUUUUAACUGUUAUCUACUCACUUCCGUUUCUAUUGGGUGCCUUAUUGAUGUAUUUUGGCCCGGAAAGUCCAAAAUAUCUCAUGUCCCAAGGCCGGCAUGAUGAAUCCUUAGAAGUAUUGAGGACAAUGUAUGCGGUGAAUAAAAAUAAAUCACCAGACGACUUUCCAAUAAAAUAUCUACGGAUGAACGAAGAUCUAAAAGAGGAAAAGCCAUCAUUCUUCAAAUCUUUAGCCAUUCAAUCGGCACCAUUGUUAAAGCCACCAUAUAUACAAUGGAUGUCGUUAAUAGGAUUUCUGCUAUUUGGAAUAUUCGCAAACUUAAAUGGUUUAUACGUAUGGUUGCCUGCUGUUUUGAAUACCGUAUUAACUGGCGGAGGAGAAGGCCAAACAGCCUGUCAAGUACUUGCUCAACAACAAAAUCAGACAGACGUGGGUGUGGAAUGCAUCGAAACAAUUGAUUCAAUGACCUUCAUCGUUAACAUCCUCUCAAGUCUUGCUUGUGCUGUUAUUGCAAUAGGAGUCAGCAGUGUAGUCAGGGUUUUCGGGAAGAAAAAUCUCUUAAUAGCUUUUUACACUCUCAUUGGAUGCGUAUGUGUAGGCAUUAAUUUUGCGACGCAACAAAUUUUGUUUGCAAUUCUGGUGUCUUCGUUUCCUAUCUUGGGGCUGUGUAUUGGACCAGUUAACGCUUUUGCUGUGGAUAUUUUUCCAACCAAAUUGAGAGGUAUGGCCGUCAGUUUGUCUAUGAUGGUUGGUCGUUUUGGGUCAGUCGUUGGUGUAAAUGUUGCUGGAACAUUGCUCAAUACUGCCUGUGAAGUCACGUUUUAUGGAUAUGGAGGAUUAUUGUUCUUAUGUGGGCUGCUGAGCUUUUUACUCCCAAGACCAACGGCGAAGCCAAAGCAAGAUAUAAAUUCUAUGUCAACAAAAUUGUAGGGAGAAUCAACGGCCUCGCAAAGUUAGCAUUCACUUUGAUAGUUGACACAUCAAAAAGACGCUCCGACAUUUAGCGGGAUGUAAUAAGCGAGCACUUUUAUCUUCUUAUAUAUUUACUAUUAUUAUCGUUGUAUAAAGCUUGUGAUGUGAUUUGUGGAAAGUCAAAGUGGGUAUUAUUAAAAUAUCUACUAUGACUGUCUUUGAAUGUCUCGUAGGCACCACUACAAAUGUUUAAUAAAUAAUUAUAGGUAAAACAAACCUCAUUGUACAAAGAUUUUGUAUAUUAGAUGUGAUAUGUAUUGAUUAUGUACAAUUAAAUGUGAAAUAUGUA